ACCUGCUGUCGGAGAAGGUUGAACAGAUGAUGGAGUGGUCUUCUCGUCGCUCUGUCAUCCGGAUGAAUGGAGACAAGUUCCGGCGUUUCAUCAAGGCCCCACCCAGGAACUACUCUGUUAUCGUCAUGUUCACCGCUCUGCAGCCUCAGAGGCAGUGUUCUGUCUGCAGACAAGCUAAUGAAGAAUACCAGGUCCUGGCUAACUCCUGGCGUUAUUCAUCCGCCUUUUCCAACAAACUUUUCUUCACGGUUGUGGACUAUGAUGAGGGAGCUGAUGUUUUCCAACAGUUGAAUAUGAAUAGCGCCCCAACUUUCAUGCAUUUCCCUGCAAAAGGAAAACCAAAGAGGGCUGACACAUUUGAUCUGCAGAGGAUUGGCUUCGCCUCAGAGCAGCUGGCCAAGUGGAUUGCUGACCGCACGGAUGUUCAGAUCCGUGUCUUCCGUCCUCCAAAUUAUUCUGGGACUAUUGCUUUGGCUCUUUUGGUGUCCCUGGUUGGAGGUUUACUGUAUCUGAGAAGGAACAACUUGGAAUUCAUAUACAACAAGACUGGAUGGGCCAUGGCUGCAUUGUGUGUGGUGUUUGCAAUGACAUCUGGCCAGAUGUGGAAUCACAUUCGAGGUCCUCCCUAUGCCCACAAAAACCCUCAAAAUGGACAAGUGAGUUACAUUCAUGGAAGCAGCCAGGCUCAGUUUGUGGCCGAAUCUCACAUCAUCCUUCUUCUGAAUGCUGCGAUCACCAUGGGAAUGGUUCUGCUCAACGAAGCUGCCACCUCUAAGGGAGAUGUUGGCAAGAGAAGGAUUAUCUGUCUAGUUGGCCUUGGACUGGUGGUGUUCUUCUUCAGUUUCCUGCUCUCCAUCUUUAGGUCCAAAUACCACGGAUACCCUUACAGCUUUCUUAUCAAGUAAAAUGCAGACUGAAGAGGAGGUCAAAUUGUGAAGAAGAGGAAUUUGAGGGGUGAAGAAAACAUCUGGAAAAAGAAAAAAGGAGCUGUGGCUGAGGAGUGGGAUUUCUCUUUAUGUGUUGCUUCUUAUUUGCUGUUGUCAUGGAAUCUUUUAAGUAUGG